AUGUCUUCAGACGACCUGAAUGAAAUCAUGACGGAUUUUGGAAACGCUACCAAAUUUGACUUUACACCCAAUCCGCGUAGCCCUCAACUUACUGCAGUGUACACACUCAUCGCCUGCCUGGCUGUGCUUGGUAACGGCAUGGUCAUCACUGUUAUGCUGCUCAGACGACAAGUAUUCAGCUCUUUCACAAAUCGCCUCAUCCUGCAUCAGUCUGUCAUUGACUGUAUUGCUGGCGUUGUGUUUUUCGUUUGGCAGGUAAUUUUGCAGAUCGCCCCCAAAACAGUUUUCUUCGAUGGUUAUAUUUCCGACCAAUUAAUCUGUCGGUUCGUUAAUGUUGAUGUUUUCGUGUGGUGUAUGAAUGUGACGUCGACCUACAACCUUGUCGUCAUAUCGCUGGAGCGGUUUAUGGCAACUUGCCACCCGGUGAAGCAUCGAAAUUCUUUGUCUACCGCUAAGCUGAAGUUUGCCAUGGGAACAGCCUGGGCUAUUGGCUUCAUGUACGGCUCUCAUUUUAUAUUUAUUUUUGAAGUUAAUGAAGGACAAUGUCAACCUACGGAAUUCGAAACUGGCUUGAAGGUUUUCGAAAUUUCAGCAACGAUUACUAUCGAAUACUUGGUCCCAAUGACCAUUUUGAUCUAUACAUACAGCCGGAUAAUCAUCACGCUGACAAAGAAAUCUUCUAAUCAAAUGAACGGUGCUUGGAAAGUCAUGAAUAAAGCCAAGAAAAACGUUCUCUUAACGACAAUAUUGAUAGGCAUAAUGUUUGUAUUGUGCUGGACACCAGUAGAAGUCUUGUACCUGUAUAAGCAGCUUUCGGAAGAUUGGAGCACUCCGUUGACCGAUCCCUUUAUUAGCCUAGUGGCCUGCAACAUGCUCGUCAACCCGGUAAUUUACUGCUUCAAGUACGAGAAAUUUCGCUCAGAGCUGAGUAAACUAGUACUCGAGCGGUGUCGUAGAAAUCGAGUGGAGGAUGGGAACACCAUUUCAAUGUCAGCUGCUUCCUCACGAAUGAACGCACCUUGA